UUCCAGGUCACCAUUUAUAACCCUCUGGGGCGGAAGGUGGAUUGGAUGGUGCGGCUGCCAGUCAGCAAAAGCGUUUUCCUCGUGAAAGACCCCAAUGGCAGGACUGUGCAGAGCAAUGUGGUGAUACCUCCCAGCUCAGACAGUCAGGAGCAACAUCCGGAGCUGCUCUUCUCAGCCUCCGUGCCUGCCCUGGGUUUCAGCAUCUACUCAGUAGUCCAGCUGCCUGGCCGGAACCCCAAGGCCCGCAUCCCACUCUCCAGACCCCAGAAGUCCUGGUCCCGUGACUUGGCCAUUGAAAAUGAGUACAUCCGGGCUACCUUCGACCGUAACACGGGGCUCUUGAUGGAGAUUGAGAACAUGGACCAGAAACUCCUGCUGCCCAUUCGCCAGGCCUUCUUCUGGUACAAUGCCAGCAUAGGUGACAGCAUAAGCAGCCAGGUUUCGGGUGCCUACAUCUUCAGACCCAACCAACCGAAACCCCUGCCCGUGAGCCGCUGGGCUCAGACCCACCUGGUGAAGACUGCCUUGGUGCAGGAGGUGUACCAGAACUUCUCAGCCUGGUGUUCCCAAGUGGUUCGCCUGUACCCGGGACAGCGGCACCUGGAGCUGGAGUGGACGGUGGGGCCGAUACCUGUGGGCGAUGGCUGGGGGAAGGAGGUCAUCAGCCGCUUUGACACGCAACUGGAGACAAAGGGACACUUCUACACAGACAGCAAUGGCCGGGAGAUCCUGAAGAGGAGGCGGGAUUAUAGACCCACCUGGAACCUGAACCAGACUGAACCGGUGGCAGGAAACUACUAUCCAGUCAACAGCCGAAUUUACAUCACGGACGGGAACAUGCAGCUGACUGUGCUGACUGACCGCUCCCAGGGGGGCAGCAGCCUGCGAGACGGCUCUCUGGAGCUCAUGGUGCACCGAAGGCUGCUGAGAGACGACGGACGCGGAGUGGGGGAGCCACUGCUGGAGGCGGGAUUGGGGGUGUGGGUGCGAGGGCGGCACCUUGUGCUGCUGGACCGGGUCCGGACUGCGGCCGCUGGGCACCGGCUGCUGGCAGAGAAGGAGGUCCUGGCCCCACAGGUGGUGCUGGCCCCGGGUGGCGGUGCCCCCUACCAUCCCGGGACCACCCAUCGCACGCAGUUCUCAGGGCUGCGCCGGGAGCUUCCGUCCUCAGUGCACCUGCUCACGCUGGCCCGCUGGGGCCCGGACAUGCUGCUGCUGCGCUUGGAGCACCAAUUCGCCGUGGGGGAGGAUUCGGGCCGCAACCUGAGUUCUCCCGUGACCUUGGAUUUGCGGGACCUGUUCUCCACCUUCACCAUCACCCGCCUGCAGGAGACCACUCUGGCAGCCAAUCAGCUCCGGGCCAGCGCCUCCAGGCUCAAGUGGACACCAAAUACAGGCCCUACCCACCACCCCACUCCUUCCUUGCUGGACCCAGCCACUGUCACACUGCAGCCUAUGGAAAUCCGCACCUUCCUGGCCUCAGUCCAAUGGAAAGAGGAUGGCUAGGCCUGUGGGGAUGCCCGGCUCCCAGCCUGAGCCCUUUGCUUGGGGGAUGGGGCAGACUCUCCUCUUACUGCUGCUCCUCCCACCAACAAAAGCCAUUAAAAUGCCACUACUAAGACUCAG